AUGCUGCUUUUGAUGGCUUAUGAGGACAUCCCACUGUGGAUCAUCGAGGGAUACUCGACCAUGGUUUUUCGAAACCAAUUCCCAGCUCUAGGAGAGAGACUUAAAGCCAACAAUGGCCAUCAACCCCUCAGCUGUCGAACCGGACACGGCGGCCUGCUUGCACAAAAGCCUCAAGUCAAGCAAAUGUAUCCCGCUGAAGACGUCGUCCACUACUCUGAAAGGAUUUAG